AAAACUCAAAAGCGUCGUAUCAGUAAAUUCAUCUUGUAUUCUCACCAUCACCUUGUUCUCCCUAUUGAGCAACACCUAACUCUUCACGAAAUCAAGUCUAUAAAAGAUGUCCUACCAAGCCAACGUCCAAGCCGGCCAGGCGAAGACAAAGUCUGCAGCCGACCAAAUCCUCAAUCACCCAGUCGCCAAGCAGAUCCAAGAUCGGGCCAACUACUAUGUCUCCCAACUUGACAAGGAGCUCGGCAAGUAUCCGUACAUGAACCAAAUUGAGCAGAAGACUUCAGUGCCCAAGGCAUGGGUCUUCCUCGGCACCUUCGUCCUCCUGCUCAUCGGCAUGCUGUUCAACGCGCUUGCUGCUCCCAUCAGUAACUUCAUUGGUUGGCUUCUCCCAGCUUACCUGUCCUUCCGUGCGCUGGAAACGAAAGAGGCUGAUGACGACAUCCAAUGGCUCACUUACUGGAUCGUCUUCGGUUUCUUCAACUUCCUCGAGUCGGUCGCCCUCAGCGCUGUCCUUUACUACCUACCAUUCUAUUACGUCUUCAAGACUGCGUUUGUCAUCUGGCUGCAGCUUCCUGCGACCAAGGGUGCUCGCGUGUUGUAUCUCACUGUUGCUCGCCCUCUCCUCGACGGCUCUCGCCGUGCUCCGCCUCCCGCUACUACGACCGCGACGUCUGAUGACCUGCGCGCCAAGGUUGCAUCUGCCAAUGCGCUCUGAUCGUGCUUUGCUAGUUCUUCCCCAUCGCCUAAAGAGACCGGUAUCCCUUGUCUGGAUACAGUCAUGUUGCUCUCACAACCCGUCUUUCUACUUGUUCACCCGAAUCGCCUAUAGCCUAUUUCAUUUUAACGUUACGAACUCCCCUCCGAAUCGAUGUAGUACACGUUUCUAUGGCUUUUCCCUUCUGCUUAUAAAACCUGUUCAGCCCUAGAUCA